UUACGAAGAGAAUCAUCCCCCAGAGGAAAUCAGUUUGCGGUGACAGCGCAGCUGUGGUCAAGAAAGGAUGUCGAAUAUGUUAGGUCACAAAGAUGUGGUAAGAAUUGUUUUUCUUUUAGCUCAAGAAUCUGCCUACGCAGGAGAGUAGGCCAGCCUAGAGUUGCAAAUUUCGCACAGCAAGGGAAAUACCUUUAUUUCUGACAUCCGACCGGAUUCUUGUACACCGCCGGCGGAGUCAUCGGCAUUAACGGUAUUGGAUUUAUCGGCUGGACUAUUACCCAACUCUUUUCGGGAGGGAGUCUGUGUGCAUUGCAGUGCUCGUCGAGAUCUGGAGGUUGCUGGACAAGGAUUCCGCCAGCCUGGAAGAGCUUCACACUGCUGGUUUGCAAGCGGUGCUGCCUGGGUGUGUGUACCAGUUCAACGUUGGAAAAAAUGCUACCAAUCCUCUGGUCGUUCUCGAGAUCGAAGGUUGUUGAAGGAAUCACCCGAGAUUGAGAGAGGAUAGUGGCGGAGAUGUGUUCACGAGAAGUAGAGAAAGUUCAUAAGGUUGAGAAGGUAGGAGUAAACAGGGUGAAGAAGCCUCAGGAGGGACGUUUCAGGGGGGUCCGGAAGAGGCCCUGGGGGCGCUAUGCCGCCGAAAUCAGAGAUCCGAAUACGAGAGAGAGACGAUGGCUAGGAACUUUCGACACUGCAGAGCAGGCUGCGUUAGCGUACGAUACUGCGGCAAGGUCGAUGCGAGGACUGAAAGCCCGGACCAAUUUCGUCUAUCCCGCUCACCAAACAUGCAUUCUCUCCGCAGCGCUGACUGCUUCGAGAGCUUCCAAGGAGAAUCUGGCCCAGCCAGCCCAGAAACAGCGCAAAUUCGACUGGUUCAGUGCCCUUUCGCGCGGUGAACUCCAACGGGUUUUGGUCAACUACCAUGAUAUUGGCGCAGCUCAUCAGUCGUCGGUGGAGUCAUGUCAUGACUACACCGACGUGCUGGAAAAUGUGGAGAGGUUGGCAAGCGCUAUCAGUGAUCCGCCAAGAUCGCAGCGUGUAUGUGAACUUCCCCAGCUCAUCCCCCCUAGCAGGAACCACGUCGAGGGUACUGGUACAAGAGACUUGUGCACCAACGGAAGCCACUGGUUUCGCGGUGAUAGUGCCUCUCAGUGCUCAGGUCUCGUCCUCAAAGAUGAUGACAAUGAUGAGAUCGCAAAUUCGACGACGACGAAGUCUAAUUUGCUGGAUUCUGGCACAGUUCCUCGACAUUCUUGUGAGGUGGCUUUGAAAGGGACCGCUGUAGUCACUCGACAGGGCAAAGUUUCUCAUUCGGCUGAGUCCACUUUGACGGACAACAUCGAUGACUCAAUGACUACUUGUGCUGAGAUCACCCAGGCGUUGACUCAGAACUGUCGAGAGACCAGCUUCGAAGUUGUAGCAGGAUCCAUAGCACAAGUAGUCUCCCGGUAUGUGGACUCAAGUCCACGCAGUAUGAGGACAGGCACAAGGAAUGCACUUGGUAUCAAUUCCAACCCCUGUUUGUUUUCAACGCAAGUUCCCUACUCCGACGACUCUUCGUUGUCAAUGGCCUCUCCUCCUGCCGAUACAGCUUCUUACCCGAACUCAGGGGUCGUCUCUCACUCUUCAGUGGUGGGUUUGCCUCGAGACGUACCCGUUUCCGAGGUUUGUUGCCGCUCAAACCAGGGACCGGUUGACCCAACUCAGAAUCCUGACAAUAUUCAGUGCAUGCUUCCCUUGAGCUUGAGGACAUCACUGUCGCUGGAUUCGCAGGACCUGUACGGAGACCUACCCUUGGGCUGGUCUGUGCAGCCUCAAACAACCACGACUGGGCUCAUCAGUUCCUCCAGCUUUUACCCUCAAACCAUGGAGCCAGACCUAUCUCAGACUUGGAGCAACUUGUGUGAGCUGCCAGCUUCUUGGGACUUUUCCUGCUUAACAUUCCCAGAGCUCACUGACGUGAAAUCUCAUUCCACUGCACCGUGGGCACCGGAAUGGAACGAUUUUGCGCGAGCAAGCCAAUUGCAUGGGUUUGAUGGGUUCUUUACCGAUGAAUAUUGACAAUCUUCACCCAUCUCUCUGGUUCCCAGGUCUGAGUGGGAAGAAUUCGCAUGCAACAACGAAGACAUGAGCACCGAGGGCCAUCCAACCAGCCCCAUGCCAGCACAAUCGUCUUACUAGAACCAAUUCCACAGCCAUCUCUUGAGUUGGUGCAGGUUGGCCGUGUGCUAGCACGUGAUUUCGGCAUUCGUGUGUUGUAUUGUCUAUAGUCUUGCAGCUGAUUCAGCGUUCAAAAUAUGUGAAUACAUAGAUGUAAGUAUUUUUAGUCAGGUUACCACAUGAGGAAGUUCUGGACGUGUUCACAGUGAUAGCCCAAGCCUGGGCAAAGCACUUUUCACCUGUAGUUGUUAUCACCAUUGACCCUAUAUUGCAUUGUGAUGAUUAGCCUCGAAAACGACCUCCAAUACUUCCACAGUUCAGCGCUUGAAUAAAUAGACUAACUCUCACUCUUAUGGUCUACCUCGACACAAGCA